UCUAGGAAAAAUUUGAUAUUCCUUAUCUGGCAGAAAAUUGGACUAUGAGGACUUGUGGUAAGGAACUUAAAAUUGGAAAGCUUAUCUUAAGAAAACUUAUUAUUCAGAAACUUUAUCUUUUGAGGAGCAAAAAAAAUAUAAGGACAAAAGAGUAUAUGAUAAACAAUGGGAGCAAUUAAUAAACUAUUGGGCAACAGAUGAUGCAAAGAAAAAGAGUGCUACAAACAAGGCUAGUCGUGCUAAAAAGAUAUACAAUCAUACAACUGGUACAAAAAGUUUUGCACAAAUUAGAUCAGCAGAGAAAGAAAGUGGUGGAAGUACACCAACACGUGUUGCUAUAUUUAAUCUAUGCUACACAAAAAAAGAUAAGAGUGUAAUGGAUGAAACAACACAAGAAACAAUGGUAAAAUUACAAGAGAAAGAAGAAAUAAAUGGAGAUAUAUCAAAAGAAAAGAGCAUGAAUGACACUUAUUCUGAAAUAAUGGGUAAGGAAAGAUAUGGUUCUGUUCGCACUUAUGGUUUUGGUGUUUGCCCAUCUGAUGUGUGGGAAAACAAAUCCAGUAAGAAGCGAAAUCAAAGCAAAUAUAUAGAGGCUUUAGAAUCUGAACUAAAAGAGUUAAGAUCUAAAGUUCAAAAUGACAAUGUAGAUAAUACAUUAACUAUACUUGAUAAGGAUUUUAACCAUAAUGACGAAGCCACGUCUUCACAACCAGUCAAAAGGGCUUGUACAUCACAUAACAAGGAACCUCGACGCCAGCUGUUGUUUUCAUGUUCAUCAUAUGAUACUCCAGUUGUUGAGGUGGGAGAAGUGGUUAAACUUAAAAGUAUUACUAAUGAUCCUAAAACAAUUGCUAUUGCUCUAGUUAUUAGUAAAGAUUCAUCAAAAAAAGUUGGAGGAAAAGAGCUUGGAGACUUUUAUUCUGAAGUUAUUGUUCAAGUUCCUAUCAAGUGUGACGAGCAAUUAAUUAGAGCAUAUGGACAAUUUAAGAAAAUUGGUGAAGUUGUUGGGUACCUAUUGCAUGGCCAACAGACUUUUUGGUAA